ACUCUCGUAAGUCGUACAGUACCUUACCUACUACCUAGUCAGUCAAGUUCUCUUUACUAGCAUAUGUUACUAUCAUGCUGCAUUCGAGCCAAGCUUCGUGUACAGUGUGGUUCGUUAUGUGGAAAUUCUCCUUCUACCUGUGGAUUUCGCGUUUUCAUUAUUCGCUAAAAAAUUGACGAAUGAGCAUGACCUCAUUGAGUGAGAAAAAUGUGAUAUAUAAUGGGUGAUUAAUAGUUUUAUAGUGAAGUUAAUUAUUUUUAUAAUUCAAAAUGAUGGCUGAAGAAGUGCCUCUGGAAGAGUUUGAUGAUCUAGAGGAGAAUUUCAUUCAUGAUGGUAAAACUUGCACGUGGAAGUUACGCGGGAAUAGUUUGACUUGGAUUUUCACGCAGCAGAAAUCUAAAUACAAUCCAUUAAUAACGACCGAUAUUAGAGAUAUAGUUGCAAUUCGAAGCGUAAAAACAGACCAUUAUUUUUUAAAAAAUCAGCACCAUAGUAAAAAUAAAGUAUCUCAUAGUUCAACAGCUGUAUUAGACGGAAGUACGUUGAAAAGCUGCAGCAGUUUGGAAAUUCACUAUGCCAAGUACAAAGAUACCAAAAUAUCUCUCCAGAAAAUAGUAUUAUGCCAUUCUGAGCCUUCGACUGUGAUUAAAUGGACCGAAGUUAUCAAACAACGGAUCGACAGUAUUACAAACCGUCCGAAAAGUUUACUAGUAUUUUUAAAUCCUUGCGGAGGUAAAAAACAAGCGCCGAAAAUCUACGAGAAAAUCGUGCAACCGUUAUUCGCAUUGGCUGAAAUCAAGGUCGAUCUCAUCACCACCGAGUACGCCAACCACGCUAGAGAUUUUCUCGUCGACAAUGGCUGGAAGAAUUACGACGGUGUGGUGUGCGUCGGCGGCGAUGGUACAUUUUCCGAAGUCGUAAAUGGUAUCAUUGCACGGAUCGUCAAGGAGAAUAACCUCGAUCCGAAUGAUCCGCAGUGUACGAUUCCUUCUUUGUUAGAUUUAAAACUUGGCAUCAUACCUGCUGGAAGUACAGAUACAGUCGUGUACUCUUUACAUGGCACCGGUGACGUACUUACGGCCGCUUUCCAUGUACUUUGCGGUGAUUUUAUUAAAAGUGAUAUAUGCAGCGUACAUAAUGAGAAAAAUUAUUUAUGCUGUUUCAUCAGCUUGAUUUCAUAUGGUUACCUUGGUGAUAUUAUCAAACAUAGUAGAAGUCUUAGGUGCUUGGGACCAAAACGAUAUGAUUUAGUUGGUGCUAUUCAAUUCAUCUUUCAUCAAUCAUACGAAGGAACGGUUUCGUAUCUAAAAGACUCGGAUGCUUCUCCAGACAUCAUAUGUAAAAAAAACGACUGCCAUUGUGCUUCCAAAACAAACGAAAAUCAACCAGAAACAAAAUGGGAACAUAUACGAGGGCAAUUUUUCAUGGUAACUGCGGCUAAUAUUUCGUGUUCUUGUGGCCGAAGUCCAAAUGGUAUUUCUCCGUAUGGUCAUUUUGCUGAUGGUUAUCUGCAUUUAGUGCUGAUAAGGCGGGUUACGUUUUUAAAAAAAAUUAAACUAUUGUACACCCUUUCUUCGAAAAAUCGAUUUGUGAACGAAUUAAGUUUUGUUGAAAUGUAUAAAACAAGAUUAUUCAAGUUUGAAACUGGUUAUGGAUCUGGAGUAAUACCAGCGACCAACAUAAGUUCAUGGAAUGUUGAUGGCGAAUUAAUAACCAUUCCUCAUCUUCAAGUUAGAUGCCAUCAUCAAAUAAUCAAUUUAUUCUGUAGAAGAAGAUUAAACGAGACGUCUAAAUGAAAUGAUCUAGAGAAGAAUGCGUCUGCAAAAAAUAUGAUUCAUAUUUCAAAUAUAAUCAGCUGUUAUCCUUGGGAAUUUUUUAAUUUAUCUCAACAUUGUUAUCAAUUUAUAAUAAUUUGUUAUUGUGUGAUUUUAUUUUGUAUUUAAAAAAUUUUAUAAAUUAUUUUUUACGUAAAAA